GGCGCCUGUCUGAUGUCGACUCCGUUAUAAUUAUCGAUUAUAUUUCGUGUGUCGCACCUUCGUGUCCACUCCAUUUUCAUUUUCUUUUCAUCUGUUUGCCACUUUGGUUAAAAAAUAUAAUGGAGAAACAAAUAACCGUGUCGCCAGUACAAGCGACAGCAAAGACAAUUCUUCAACAAAAGGUGGGAGGUAUGCCACAGUCUUCGGGGUCAGGAUCUAUAGCAGGUUCGGUCAACAGCAACAUGUUCAAGGUGCGAGUACCAAGGAAUUUGGCAAAAAAAUAUUCUGUGAUGCGUUUCCAGAGCACAAAAGUAGACUUCUCAUCAAUCUCAAAGGCCCAGAUGUCCCGUCAAACAGAAGCAGUAGAAGAAAAAGAAAGUGAAAAUCUUCCUGCUUUUGGUGCUGGUAGUGAAUUUGGUCGAGAAAGACGUGAAGAGGCACGUAAAAAGCGCCGUGGGUUUGUUCCAAAACCCAAGGAUCCUGAGGCGGAACCGUGGAAUUUGAAGCUUGGUGGCAAAAGUGGGAGAAGGUUUACUGGUCGAAAGGAAGCAGGAAUCAAUGAGAAUUCAUCUUAUUACAUACUGACUCAGUGUGAGGAUGGAGCAUUUGAAGCUGUCCCAGUCAAUAACUGGUACAACUUCACUGCCGACAUCAAAUAUCAAACUCUAACAGCAGACGAGGCUGAGGAAGAAUUUGGUCGCCGUGAGAGGACAGUGAAUUAUUUUUCUCUGAUGGUCAAGAAACGAUUAAUGGACAACAAGGAGGACUCGGAAGAAGGAGAUGAGAAGAACAUGCUGGAUAAAACUGUUAAAGCAGCCAGUAGGACAGGAAACCUGAUCAUACAUGAUGAUGAAAGGGAUCUCUCUCUGUCAGAGGAUGAAAAUGAUGAGGAAGAUGAAGAAGGUCAAGGACGUGACAAAAACAAGGAAGCUAAACGAGGCAAGAAAGACAAGCAUAAAGUUGGUCAAAAACGACAACAAAAGAAGGGUUCAGAUGACAGCGAUGCAUCAUCUGAGGAAGAUGGCUACCUGGAUUCUAAGGAAAUGGAUUAUCUGUCAGACACUUCCUCAUCUUCUGAGGAGGCUGUCAAGACUGUUGAAGUGAGUAAACCCAAAGCUGAAGACGAUCUAAAUGCUGAGGAGACGUCAAGUGAAGAGGAAGAUGAUUUGACACGUGAAGGACAGGAACUAAAAGACAUGCUUGACAGAGAGGAAGGGAGAGAGUCCUGGGACGAGGAGGAGGAAGAUCCUGAUCAAGAUGAUAUUAAGGGCACUUCAGCUCUCUUUUUACAAGGUGAUAAGAAAAGGAAGAGGAAGUCAGCUAGUGGAUCAAGUACGUCAUCCAACAGCCGAUCAUCAACNCCUACAGCUGCUGUGGACGGUGCAGCUAACACUAUUGCCGCUGCUGCAAAAAAGCUCGGUCAAGAUCGACCAGGAACACCCUCUAAAACCAAGAAGCGCCCAGCAAGCUCAGCCAAAAAAGGAACCACGGUGGAAGAUGGAAGUCCCGCGUCUAAAAAGCCCCGUGUAUCCCCCGCACCUUCUUCGGGGGGGACAGGAGGUGGUUCAAGAACAAGCACCCCAACGCCGACCGGUAGCGAAGAAGGCCCUCAGGGGAUCACCGAGGAAGCCGUUAAGAGGUACCUCACACGGAAGCCCAUGACGAGUAAGGACCUGCUGCAGAAGUUCAAGAGUAAAAGAACAGGACUAUCUAAUGACGAAACUGUAAAAAAGAUUGCGGCUAUUGUGAGAAAGCUGCAACCAGAACAAAAAACGAUCAAAGGAAAACUGUACCUGUCACUCAAACAGCUCAGCUGAUUAUUACUGAGACUGGCAAUAAACAAUGCUAAACAUUGAAAUAUAAAGGUGCUUUAUGGCGUCAUUAAAAGAGUACGUUACACAA